AUCUUCAUGACUCCAACUUAAGUUACCUGCUAAACUAUUCGUUAAUGAGCUAGUUAGCUGGGUGACUCCUCUCUCACAAGCAUGUGCAUAUACAUACAUCGCCAAUAAUCACCACUCUUAUUUACCCUCACUUCAACCCCUCUAUACACAAUUCACCCUCAGUCGCCAUGUCCGCGCCCGAAACUCCCACUGGCGCUGCCAAUGGCACGCACAAGUACAAAAGAGUCACAACACAGCCCGAGAACCCCUUUCUCAGUUUGCUUCCCGACCAAACCAUUGCAAUCAUUCCAGAAUUCACGCUAGAGUCCGGCGUAGUCCUAUACAAUGUACCCGUCGCAUACAAGACCUUUGGCACUCUAUCCCCAGAGGGAGAUAACGCAAUGGUGAUAUGUCACGCUCUCACAGGAAGUGCUGACGUGGGAGACUGGUGGGGUCCGCUGCUUGGUGGCCCUGAGAAGGCUUGUGACAUCUCCAAGUUUUUCGCAGUCUGCAUGAACAGUCUAGGCAGUCCGUACGGCAGCGCGAGUCCUGUGACUGCCAAAGACGGCGACCCUGCCCUAGGCCUGUACGGACCCGAGUUCCCUCUCACAACCGUGCGCGACGACGUCAACCUUUUCAAGCUGAUCCUCGACGAUCUCGGGGUCCGACAGAUUGCGGCCGUGGUGGGAGGUUCCAUGGGAGGUAUGCUGGUUUUGGAGUUUGCGUACUUCGGAAAGGACUAUGUGAAGACAAUCGUUCCAAUCGCAACAUCUGCGCGCUACAGUGCUUGGGGAAUCAGUUGGGGGGAGGCCCAGAGACAGAGCAUCUACAGCGAUCCCAAGUACGAUGACGGCUACUAUCCAUUUACAGAUCCCCCGUCCACGGGGCUUGGAGCGGCGCGUAUGUCUGCACUCUUGACAUACCGCAGCCGAGAUUCGUUCGAGUCGCGCUUCGGUCGCAAUACCCCAGAUCUGUCUAAGAAACAGAACAUUAGUGGUGCAACGAGACCUACAACGCCUAGUCACGAGCACUGGGCAAUCCACAAUGAGGGUCACAAGAAUGCCCGAUCGCCACGAACAGCUUCUCGAACAAACAGCUCUGUCGCAUUACCGUCAAAAGCAGGAGCAGGCCAGACAGACCUCGAAUUCUCCAGCUCGUCCGAUCCUGUAACGCCCGUGGAAGGGCCAAAGACGAAUGGGCAAGGUGCAGCACCGCUCAAGAAACGCGCCCCUACCUACUUCUCUGCGCAAUCCUAUCUGAGAUAUCAGGGAGAGAAGUUCAUCAAGCGAUUCGAUGCCAACUGCUAUAUUGCCAUCACUCGCAAGCUCGAUACUCACGACGUCUCUCGCCAUCGCUAUCCCGAAGGAACUUCCCCGGAAACUCUGGACCCUGUAUCCGCACUUCAUCACGCCUUAUCGUUGAUCGAACAGCCCGCACUGGUUCUCGGCAUCCAAUCCGAUGGACUAUUCACUUUCGCAGAGCAGCAGGAGUUGGCGGCCUAUAUCCCGAAUGCAGUGCUGAAGACGAUUGACUCACCAGACGGACACGAUGCGUUCCUACUAGAGUUCGAGCAGGUCAACGGGCACUUGGUAGGCUUCUUGAAUGAGAACCUCCCUGAGAUCAUGAAUAGGACGCCGAACAAUGCCUCUCUGGAACAGUCCGAUACCGGUUUGACAGCAACCAAGUCCAGCACAUUCGGUGAGGCAGAGGUCGACGAUAUCACCGCGUGGUAGAGACAGAGGUAGAGUCAAAAGGCCGAGUCUUAUUUCAUUGUAUCAGCGCAAGGCGUUUGGGAAUGUUCAUGCAUGUAAGUGGCGUCCAGCUUUCGGCAUAUGCUUAAAAGAAAGCGUUCGUGUUAGAAUUGUCCGGGAAGGGCAAACCAUAAGGUUCAACUCCUUAUGUUGAUUAAGUUGUGAAGAUGUGGCACCAAGGGCCCGUAUGGUUGGUAGCCAAUAAAUAAUAUGUAAGA